AUGGCUCCGGUACACGAGAAGCCCGGACUCUUCAUUUCCGAGCACCUACUCCGCAGUGCGAGAGCUGCCGUAGUAGCAGCCGGACCCGAGGUCGCUAGAUUGGCCCGGCGGGAUGCCAUAUCGCGCCGCGACUUAACUGUCACUAGCGAUGCCCAAAAAGUUACCUUGGGUAUCAUCGCCGUCUAUGUCGUCGUUAUUGCCAUUCUAUGGAACGUUCCUUAUGUACGAUGGUCAUUAUGGCCUUUUAAGAUGCUUGUUAUCGCAUUUCAUGAGUUCGGACACGCUAUAACUGCCUGCUGCACUGGUGGACGUGUCAAAUCCAUCUCUCUUGACCCUCGUGAAGGAGGUGUCACCCAUAUGGUUGGAGGAAAAAGUGCCAUCACAUUGCCUGCUGGCUACCUAGGAUCCUCCCUCAUCGGCGCCCUUCUUAUCUUCUGCGGCUUCGACAUCGUCGCAAGCAAGAUCGCCAGCAUGGUUUUAGGUGUAUGCUUCUUACUGACACUCUGGUGGGGUAAACGAGAUUGGCUUACGAUCGUGACUAUUCUACUUGCCGUCGGACUCUUGGUCGCAUUCUGGUUCAUUGCUCAUGCCGAACCGUUGCGAUUCCUUGUACUCUUCAUCGGUGUGAUGAGCUCACUGUACAGCGUUUGGGAUAUUUGCGACGACCUCAUCCUCCGCAAAGUCAAUAGUUCUGAUGCCAGUGUGUUUGCCGAGCGCUACGGUGGCUCUUCUCAGUGCUGGGGCGUUAUCUGGUCCAUUAUAUCAGUUUGUUUUAUGGCUGCCGGGAUUAUUGCCGGGAUUGCCGCAUUCCCGCAAUCAUUUGCACAACAAGAAGAGGAUUCGAAGAAUUUUCUUCCAACUCUCUGA